ACCUAUUCUUACAUUUACAAUACAGCAAGUGCAAAAAGAGAGAGAAGCAAAACACAUUGAGUCUGAGUUCCAUUACUUAGCAGUAUCUCUAAACUCUCUCAUCUUCUUAUCUUUUAGCACAACUCAACAAUCAAGAAGAUCAGAGAUCAAGGAGUUAGAAACCUAUCAAAAUCCACCCAUCAGUCAUUCUAUCAAUCAAUCAAUCAAUUCAAAAGCUCAUAAAAAUUUCCCCCAAAAAAGAAAGGAUGUCGUCCUCAUCAGUUUCAUUUUCAUCGGACCACCUCUCUCCCGCGGACCAGCUCUGUUACGUCCAUUGCAACUUUUGCGACACUGUUCUAGCUGUGAGUGUUCCUUGCAGUAGCUUGUUCAACAACACAGUUAUGGUUCGAUGCGGCCACUGCACAAAUCUUUUGUCAGUCGACAUGCGUGGCUUGCUUCUUCCCACAGCUAAUCAGCUUCACCUUGCCCAUUCUUUCUUUACCCCACAGAAUCUCCUGGAAGAGAUCCGAAGUUGUGCACCACCAAAUAUGGUGAUGAUCAAUCACCCAAACCCAAAUGACACUGUUAUUCGUGGAGCAGCUGAGCUUGAGGAGAUAGCCAAACCUCCUGUGGUCAACAGACCUCCGGAGAAGAGACAGAGAGUGCCGUCUGCCUACAAUCGCUUCAUCAAGGAAGAAAUCCAACGUAUCAAAGCUGGGAAUCCUGAUAUAAGUCACAGAGACGCCUUCAGUGCUGCUGCCAAGAAUUGGGCCCACUUCCCGCGCAUACAUUUCGGACAAAUGCCUGAUCAAGCUGUUAUGAAAAUGAAAAAUAACGUACGCCAGCAGGAAGGAGAGGAGGCGGUGGUGAAAGAUGGGUUCUUUGUGCCUACCAACGUCGGCGUCUCUCCCUACUAAUAUAAUAAACCAAAGUCAAACUUUUAGGGUUUACUUGUUUCCUCUCCCUCUAGUUUUGUUUGUAGCUGCAGUUAUUAGGGUUCGUAUUAAUCUUACAAUAUGUUUUCUUAGAAGACAGGUCCAAACUUUGGGUUUCUAAUAUUAUGUUGUUAGUAACUAUGGGAAUUGAUCUGUGAAAUUUAAACCUAGUUUAACAUUUGUACAUUUAUGCUGAUGAACAGCCUUACCUCAUAACUCUUCUUCAAA